AAUCCUGUUCUCCAAACGACCCCUAAUUGACGGCGUCGGUGGAGGGUUCACAUCACUGGCCAUCCUUUUGCGAGAAAAGUGAUGAAAGUUCCAACUUCCACGCGAUGAAUCCAACGGCUAUGAUUGAAGUCAAUUCGCGCCUUUACGUCUAUCUUACUCGUGCGACUACACCAUCCAAUUGUUCCGCGGUGCACCGGAUUGAGUACUCUGGCUCGACCGAACGCCGUAGUCUCUCCCGCACAGUUUGGUCGUUUUGUUUGUAGCCUCGCUCGCACACAGCAAUCUCUCUCGCCUUGCACCCGCCCCAAAGAAUUUUGACGGGAAGGAAGAUCGUAUUCGCAUUCCGUAUCAGAUCUGCCGGGAGCGGGCGAAUCUCGUCGGCAUUAGUCGUGAAAACUCGUCAAAUGCGCAAGCAGUUCUCGCAAUCGUGAAAGUCGUCGGAGAGGAGAGAAGUUCGAGAAAUGGAGGCGGUGUCGAUUCGGGUUCCGUACAAGAACCUGAGGGAGGAUGCGGAGGUGGAAAUGGCGAGCAUGGACGACCUCGACGAAGAGCCGAAUCAGCGGAUCGAGUUGGAUUCUCCGGUUCCUCGAUCGUCGAAUCCCGGUGGCGACGACCGAGGCUAGAUCGCAGGCGCCCAAGCAUUGUAGCCUGGCUACUCUUGUUCUUAGUUGUACGGUCGCCGCCGGGGUUCAGUUUGGUUGGGCGCUGCAGCUGUCUCUUCUGACUCCAUAUAUUCAGACACUUGGAAUAGAGCAUGCUUUUUCAUCAUUCAUUUGGCUCUGUGGACCUAUCACAGGCCUUGUGGUGCAACCUUGUGUUGGUAUUUGGAGUGAUAAGUGCACCUCAAAAUAUGGGAGGAGACGCCCUUAUAUUCUUGCAGGAUCACUAAUGAUCUCCAUUGCCGUGAUAAUUAUCGGAUUUUCUGCAGACAUAGGGUAUUUGUUAGGCGAUACCAAAGAACAUUGCAGUACAUUCAAAGGAACUCGAACUUGGGCAGCAAUUGUCUUCGUUAUUGGUUUCUGGAUGCUGGAUCUUGCUAAUAAUACAGUUCAGGGACCAGCUCGAGCUCUUUUGGCCGACUUAUCAGGCCCUGAUCAACGCAACACAGCAAAUGCAAUUUUUUGUUUGUGGAUGGCUGUUGGAAACAUUCUUGGAUUUUCUGCCGGUGCCAGUGGUAGUUGGAACAGGUGGUUUCCUUUUCUGAUGAGUAGAGCUUGUUGCGAAGCUUGUGGAAAUCUCAAAGCAGCAUUUCUUGUAGCAGUGGUAAGUGACAGCAAAUGAGAACAUAUUUUCCUCUGGGCACCGAUUGCCUCUGAACCUUAGUCUUAAGCUAUGUUUUUACUGAACUGUUAAGAUGAGAUCUGGUCGCCUGGAUAUCGAGCUGUUUUGUGUUAAUUUCGCUUCUAUCUGAGCCUUCCGCUAAAAAUAGUUCUGUGGGCUGUUCGGCGGAGAUAAUUUAAAAAGUUUCUAUAUUACAAAGUUCUUGAAUGCCAUUUCGAAUGGGUUGAACUUGCUGAAAAACUGUCGUUGAUUUGAGAUAUGUGGCGACAGUCUGGACCUGGAAAUAAUAAAUUUCUUUAACUUUGAAGACCUCUCGAGGAGAAAGAGUAACGUCUUCGUGAUGUCUUUGCAGGUAUUUCUAACCCUCUGCACACUUGUGACCCUUUAUUUUGCGGAUGAAGUCCCACUCAGUGCAAGCCAGCCUCGUGGAUCAUCAGAUUAUGCUCCAUUAUUGCGUAGUCCUAAACAAAAUGGCAUUGAACUAUCAAAAUUCGAUUCGGAUAAUAAACAUAUAGGAAAUCCUAGUGCGAACAAUACAGGAAACGGGUAUGAGAAGAAUUAUAUUCAUAAUCAUGCCGAACAUGUGGGUGAUGCGAGUGAAAGUAUUGAUGAUGGCCCCGGAGCAGUUCUUGUGAAAUUAUUGACCAGUUUGAGGCAUUUACCCCCUGGGAUGCAUGCAGUACUUGUUGUUAUGGCUCUUACCUGGUUAUCGUGGUUCCCUUUCUUUCUUUUCGAUACUGAUUGGAUGGGCAGAGAAGUUUAUCAUGGAGAUCCAAAGGGGGAUGCUGUGGUGAUUAACAUGUAUGAUCAAGGUGUCAGAGAAGGUGCAUUUGGUUUGCUAUUGAACUCUGUUGUUCUUGGCAUCAGUUCUUUCCUUAUUGAACCAAUGUGUCAGAAGAUGGGGGCAAGACUUGUAUGGGCGAUGAGCAAUUUCAUUGUCUUCGCCUGCAUGGCCACUACUUCCGUCAUUAGCUUGAUAUCUCUGAGUGAAUAUUCCAGGGGAAUUGAGCAUCUUAUUGGAGGGAAUUCUGCGAUCAAGAUAGCUUCUUUAGUUGUUUUUGCUCUUCUUGGAUUUCCUCUUGCUAUAACGUAUAGCGUCCCUUUCUCAGUUACAGCUCAGUUGACAGCUGAUUCUGGUGGUGGCCAAGGACUGGCCAUCGGAGUUCUCAAUCUCGCAAUUGUUGUUCCUCAGAUGAUAGUGUCCCUUGGUGCGGGUCCAUGGGACGCAUUAUUUGGUGGAGGCAAUGUACCUGCCUUUGUCCUUGCUUCAAUAGCCUCUUUGGCAGCUGGUGUGAUCGCAACUCUCAAGCUGCCAAAUCUUUCAGAUUCUUUCCAGUCAACCGGUAUGCAUUUUGGCUAGAAUGAAAAGGAACUUUUGUCAUACCGGGUCUCAAUGGCAUGAUUUUUUGGCUUGGAAAGAUUCAACUUCCAGUUACUGAGGAACUGUGUGCCUUCCUAUGGAAGAUGGCAAGACAGCUCGAUAUAUGCGUCGGUAAUUGAGUAUACACAACUUAGCAUUCGUUCAUUCUUUUAUGCCCCCUCACGUUGUACCCUAAUUCAUGUAGAUGUAAAAAUCAUCAAAAAGCUUCAAUACAAGAACGUAUACAGGCAUUACUUCCUUGUAACAUGUAUUAUUAUUGUUAGUUGAUAGAGUUUUGCAGUGAAACUAUGGGGCUUGGGAGAUGUCGAGUGUUGCCAGACUAAU